CAGAUGCUCUGGAACUGGAACGUCAUGAACACCUGCUUCAUCUCCAAGCACUGGCAAAUCACCUCCAAGGGCAUGUUCGCCGGUUCCUGCAUCGGCGUCAUCCUGCUCGUCAUCGCCCUCGAGUUCCUCCGUCGCCUGUCCAAGGAAUACGACCGCUUCCUGAUCAAGCAGCACGCAGCUCCUCGUGCCGUGCCGGCCUUUCGUCCCAGCGUGCUCCAGCAGGCCCUCCGCGCGCUGCUGCACGUGGCCCAGUUCUCGGUCGCCUACAUUGUCAUGCUGCUGGCCAUGUACUACAACGGCUACUUCAUCAUCUGCAUCUUCAUCGGCGCCUACAUUGGCUCCUUUGUCUUCCACUGGGAGCCGCUCACCGCUGGGUAA